UCACAAAUAGGGAAACCCAUUGCUUGCCCAAGAAUAGAUCCCAAGAAAUGCAUCAAAGGGUGCUUGUGUAAAGAAAACUACGUCAGAGCUGAUAAUGGAACGUGUAUACCAAAAACCGACUGUCCAUCCUGCGGUGGAGACAGCAACGCUCGUUCCGGCUGCGGCGUGAACUGUAACAAACGGUGUAGCGAUAUCGGAAAAGAGCCAGGAGCAUGUAUUUUAAUUUGCUAUGACAAUGCUUGCGAUUGCAAAGACGGAUUUUACCUAAACGAGAAUACAGGGAAAUGCGUAAAACCAAACCAGUGCCCUCCUACUUGUGGAAAAGAUGAAGUCUACAAUGAUUGUAUACAAGGGUACUGCCAACCAAAGAAUUGUUCGGAAAUAGGGAAACCCGUUGCUUGCCCAAGAAUAGAUCCCAAGAAUUGCAUCAAAGGGUGCUUGUGUAAAGAAAACUACGUCAGAGCUUUUUUUU